CCCACGCCGGGAGCUAUUCGCCCCUCCAUAUCAUAUCGCCCGAGACUCUGUCAUCGGAGCCACCUUUUCUUCUCUAGUCCGUCAGAGCCCUAGAUUUUCUCCAAAAACAAUCUAAUCGCUCUUCGUCGGGAUCCCUCGCCUGCUCGUGCUCCGAUCGCCUUCCCAGAAAUGGCCAAUGCAGCAUCAGGAAUGGCUGUGAAUGAUGAUUGCAAGCUGAAAUUCUUGGAGUUGAAGGCCAAGAGAACUCACCGUUUCAUAAUCUUUAAGAUUGACGAGAAACUGAAGCAGGUAAUUGUGGAGAAGGUUGGUGAACCCACUAUGAGCUAUGAGGAUUUCACUGCCGCCCUUCCUGCAGAUGAAUGCAGAUAUGCGAUCUAUGACUUUGAUUUUGUUACUGAGGAGAACUGCCAGAAAAGCAAGAUCUUCUUCAUUGCAUGGUCACCUGACACUUCAAGAGUGAGAAGUAAGAUGCUUUAUGCCAGCUCAAAGGACAGAUUUAAGAGGGAGUUAGAUGGUAUCCAGGUUGAACUGCAAGCAACUGAUCCAACUGAGAUGGGACUGGAUGUCAUUCGAGGCCGUGCCACUUGAUUAGCAUUACCAGGUUCUGCAAUGGAGACUACCUCCUCGUAGUCUGGUUGCUUAAGUGAAAUGUUUAGAAUUGCUUGGGAUGGUGAAGUUGCUAGAUAUUAUGUGGGCUUGCUGUUCGGGUUAUUAUAUUGCAAUGAUCUUUGUCCUCCAAAACACUGUUGAUUCUGGGUAUACCAUAUGAAUUGUUAUUUUGUGGCUUUUAUAUGAUGACUAUUUUCUUGUAGAGGGAUAUCUACAAGCUAAUGAUACGUAACAGUUUGUGGGGGUAACUGGGUAGGCAGAACCUUUGUUUCAUUUGAAAUGGAUGCUUGACCAAUUUAGUGUUAUUUCGGUUUUGAUUGCA